AUGGUGGGUUUAGAACGAACAGGCUCAGUCCCCUUUCGUCAAGCCCACAAAAUGAGUCACCGAAUAGCCGACAAAGAACCGAUCAAUGGACCCUUGGCCUCAAUUGACUCCGGCACUACAAACCCAGGCAAGCACGCAAAAGUUAAGCUGCUGGUAGCCUACUGGGCCCAUUUUAUCAACAACACUGACCAAUACCUAAAAUCUCUCCUCUUCACCAACAAUCUAUGCUCGUCGUCUAGUUACAACAAAUGCCGUGGGAAAAUUGAGAUAAAGUAUUACGUUGUCCCAGGAUUCAACUCGACUGGUCCAGCUGUCAUUAACGGUACAAAUGUGUAUCCGGGCUACACGAGGGUCAACCAUGGAAAGUAUGCCGUGAGUGACGUGAGGGCCCACAUUGGGACGAGCAAUCUGAUGUGGGAUUACUUUUACACGACAGCUGGCAUUAGCUUUGGCACGUACAAUGCUGUUAUUGUGUCUCAGCUUCGAGAAAUUUUCGAUGCCGAUUGGAGUUCACCUUAUGCGGUGGCUGUUGAGCCGUUGGAGGACCGGUUUUUGUGUUCCAGCUGA